UUCCGCGCUCUCGGCGGCGCCAUGAUAGACCACGGCAUCCCGCAAUACAUCUUCAUCCGCCUGUGCAUCUUCGCCCUCCGCCUCAUAACACCCCUUAGUAUCUUCUUUUGCAGUCUUAGUAUUGCAGACCCCCCGCGACAUGGGUUCACAAAGUUUCUUCUGGCGUGGAGCAUCAUAGAAACAGCGUUCUGGCUCCUAGUUUUCUUGCCCAGAAAGCGAGCACUGCAAGCGGCCGCAAAUCAUCCUCCACUGAUUCCCAAGGACGAGAGGAAAGCUCUUUUUUGGAGAUGUUGGGACCAGAUUCCGAACCCAGAGUGGUAUCUGAAUAGAUGGUUUCCAGGAGCCAAGGUUUGGGAGAUCAAGAGGGACAAUGUGGCAGAAUUCUAUCGAUGGGCGCUGCUCAACAAGGGGGACGAACCUGCGAAGCCCAAGAAUGGCAGUGGAGUUGAAGCUGAUAUCGAUGAAGCUCAAAUUCAGGAUGCGCAAAGAAGACAAGAAGAAAGUGAGGAGCUCGACGAAUACGUGGAUGGCAUGCAAACAUUGCUCGGACGGAGACUGGAACCUGGAAAGGGCAAAGCGCAGAGCCUACGCCUGACUACUAACAAGGUCACCAUGCUCCACCGCCCGUUUCUUUGGUAUAUGAUUGUCUUCCUAGUUGACACACUCACAUCCGCAUACUUCCGUUACAACUCGUUCCUCCUUCAUCGUACGUCCCUCCGGCAAUCCAUGUCCAUUUUCCCGCCCCGCAUAGCCUCCCUCGUCACGAGUAAUCGCUCUGCCGCUGCCGAUAUCAGUUACUGGUAUCGCCCGCAUACAUCCAAAACGCGCCUCCCUGUAUUGUUCAUUCACGGGAUCGGAAUCGGGCUUUAUCCGUACGCACGGUUUCUAGCAGAGAUAAACAAGCAGAGCAGAUCAGGGUCUGAUGACGGUGAUAUUGGUAUCAUCGCUAUCGAGUUGAUGCCGAUCAGUUUUCGCAUCACUUCACCAAUCCUGGACAAGGAUGAAAUAUGCCGACAGAUCAAUGCCAUUCUUGACAAACAUGGUUUCGAGAAAGUUGUGUUAGCCGCGCACUCAUAUGGUUCCGUUGUCACGACACACCUGCUUCGUAAUCCCACCACUUCGGCCAAGAUUGGGCCAAUUCUCAUGGUCGAUCCUGUCACAUUCCUGUUGCAUCUACCCGAUGUGUGUUACAAUUUCACGGCCAGAAAGCCGAGACGUUCAAACGAGUAUCAACUCCAUUAUUUCGCCUGCACCGAUAUGAUGGUAUCACAUACAUUAGCCCGACAUUUCUUUUGGGUGCAGAACAUUCUCUGGAGAGAGGACUUGAGCGGCCGAGAUGUGACGGUUAGUCUGGGAGGCAGGGACCUGAUCGUCGACACCGAGACAAUUGGUAAAUACAUUGUUGGUGUUGACUUGAAAAGUGAGGAUCGGGCGUGGAAAGAGCGUUCUUGGACGGGGAAUGGGUUGGAAACGGUGUGGUGGCCGUCAUGCGAUCAUGCACAAGUGUUUGAACGGGCAGACGGGCGGCAGAAGUUGUGCGAUGUGAUACGGUCAUACGCGGAACAGAUAGAUGAAGUCGACGAUGAUCUUCCAUGA